AGAAACUAUGAUAAGGCAUUGAGGUUAAUGAUAAAUACUGCAGUGUUCAACGUGUCCAUUGCAAACUUAUGUGUUAUUUCGACAGUUAUAGAAAGUUAUUGUUCUAAUAAUAUGGACACGAUCCCAUUGAAACAUUUGUGAUGUUUGCAAAUAAAUACCAUUUUUGCAACGAUUGCCUGAAUAUCCUUGCGGUAGUUUGGGCUAUUUUAGGUCCUAUAAACGCAAGUUAUUCAACAAAGAAUGAGGAAAAUAUUAUCAUCAAGGCAGGUACUCAGCGACGGUUUCUUAUUGACGGCAAAAGUCCAUCAUCGACGCAAUGGUCCUCUUGGGAGCAAGACGCAGCUUGCCAAACCACGUGCGUGCCAGGUUACGAGGAUGCCACGCGCGCCUGCUGUCUCCUUGCUGACAACCAAAGGUGUCUCUCGUUGCCAUGGGAAACCCUACGACCGCGCAUCGGAUCAUGUUCAAUUGAUGGAAAUUGGUCAGAGUGGUCAGAGUGGACGCCCUGUACCGUCACAUGUGGAGGCGGUACGUCACUACGGACUCGACAGUGUAUCUACCCAGUUGAGUUCAUGCACGGCUCCUCGUGCAAUGGGUCUUCCGCAGUGGCAAAAACGUGCGAAAUGCAACAAUGUGCACAUGCAGAAGCUGUCGGAAAUUGGCAGCCAUGGGAACAAUGGAGCUCAUGCGAUGCAACAUGCGGCCUUGCCACUAGAACAAGACAACGGUCUUGUAACGAUAGCGCUUCUUAUAUGGCUCCGUGUCCUGGGCAUGACAUGAUGAACGAGACAUGUGGUUUUACACAUUGUCCGGAAGCUUAUUCUUGGUUGCCGUGGGAACAGUGGAGCUCUUGUAGUAGCACCUGUGGGGAAGCAGCCAGAACUAGGCAACGGUCGUGCAAUGACACCAGUUCGUAUCCAAGUCCGUGCAAUGGCACAAGUUUGUAUCCAAGCCCAUGUAAUGACACCAGUUUGUAUCCAUCACCGUGCACUGGACAGGAUAUAAUGAACGAGACGUGCAAUCUUGCAAAGUGUUCCGAAAAUGCAACGUCGAUGUGUAAAGCGCAAAUAACGACGGGAAAUGUUUGGAUUUUUUGCGACAACUCAGCUUUCCUUGUGACUGACCCGGAAAAAGUUUUUAGAUCCAUAUCAUCAGAAAAGUGCAUCUUCAAAGGCGCUGAACUUCCAGAGUUUAACCGUAUGUCUGAUCAGCAGAUCAAGGACAAGCUAGACGGCUGUCAAUUCACGUCCCAGAUGAUUCCGUCGGAGCUGUAUUUGAUAAAAAACAGUGGUUCAGAGGCAUGUCGAUACAUCCAAAAUUCAAUGGGAAAGAUCAAUGUCGUCAAGGAAACUGACAUGUCGCGUUGUCCUCUUCAGUCGUUCUUGAUAUGCGAAAGAACACAUCACAAAUCUUCAGAAUUCGACCAAUGGUUUGCAACAAAAAAUAGCCGCAACAUACUUCGCAUAACAUCAGCCACAGGCAACUAUUCGCAGUGUCACACGAUAUGUUCGAGCGUCACCGGAAGAAAAAACGCAACGCUUGCUUCCUUGCGUGUGGUUCUCUCUUUCCCUGACACACUGCCACCUCCCGACACCGGGUUUACGUCUCUGUGGGUCGAUCAUUCAGGCGUUGCGAACAGUUCGUGCUCUAUCAUUCAAUAUCAGGGCGACAAUAGGAUGCACGUUCUCGGCAACUCCGAUUGCUCUCAAGCAGGUCAUUGCGUAUGUGAUGCAAAUGCUGCAGUUAACUGUUCAUAAAAUGUUAUGGUCAUGUUACUAUCUCAGUUUUAAUAAAUGGAGUUUCGAGAAA